AUGGCGUCUAAUUUUAAACGCUGAACGUGUCAAUACAAUAUAUAGCACCGUAAAAUCUAAAGAAUUGGUGUAGUAAAAGAUGUCAAUUAAUUAAAGAGAAAAAAGAGAGAAAAAAGUGAUCAUGGCUUCCUCGGGGAAUUACUUUUACUAUUCUCCAUCUGAUGUGUGUGUUCCAGCCGUAGUUAACCUAGUACAGGAUCAGUUCUCUGUGGAUUCUAGCUGGAUGGCUGGUGCCUUUUUCCUGGGUUUAUUUUUGGGUGCUCUGCUCACAGCAAUAUGUGUCCCAUUUUGCCUGAAGGAUCUGGAGAAGAAAAAAAGACAAGAAGAUGAGGAGGCUAUGCUGAAAGAAUUAGAGAAGAACCAAACACCAACCCAUGUUGUCCAAGCAAAAUAUACAGGAGACAAAGUUAAGGGUAGGGGACAGUCUGGCAAGACUGAAAGAAAGGUGAAGAAAUUGACGAGGAGAGAGAUAGAGGAGGGAUCUGAUGAAGAGGGGGAGGGUGGACCAUUACUGACCACAGAGACACUCCACGGGGCUGAAGGAUUAGGCAAAAUCAUGACAAACUUUCACAGUGAGGAUGCUGAAAAUGAGAUGACCAAACAAGAUCUAAAGAAAGUUGAUGCCUUGAUGAGAGCUUUACAGGCUGCAAAAGACCAGGUUUUGUUCAAUAUGGUUAAAAAACAACUAAAGAAGUUGAAGGUGGGGGAUCCUGCCCGGUCAAUCGUAGAGAGGAAUGUGAAGGAAGAUCUACUGAACAAGAGGAAGAUGCUGGAGGAUGAAAGGAGGGAAGAGGAACAGGUUAUCAGACAAAGUCACGCCAAAGACAAGGACACAUCUAUGAUGGAAGAUGAACUAGAAAGACUUGAUGCCAAAACUAAUCAAAAACUGGCGCGUCUUCACGAAGAUGAGAGAGACUUUAUAAGGAAGGAGAUAAAUAAACAGACCGACCUUUCUGAGAAGGAGAUUGAUGCCCUGAUGGAGAAGUUAUUGUCAGAAAUGUCUGAAGUAGACAGAAAACAGGCUCUACAGUUGUCACGACAGCAAAGGGCUCUUGAGGAGAGGUUGGCCAAGCGGAGACAGAUUAUAGCCAUGAGAAAACUCCAGGAUCAACAGGACAGUGAUGUUGUCACUGAAAAUGUGGAAAGUCAUGAGGACGUUCUAAAACAGCUGGUACAGGACGGAAAACUUCAGGAAAAGAAGAAAAACCAGAUUCUGAAUGAGUACUUGCAGGAUCUUAACCGGCUUACUAAAGCCAGAGACCUUGAAAGUCAGAGGCAGCAGUUGACUCUUGAGGAAAAACUUGCCAAGCGUCGUCGACGGGAGCUACAGAAACUCUCUGCAGAACAGGAAAAAGAGGAACAGCUCCUCCUAAAGAACAUGGAUAAAUCCACAGACACUAAAGGCUUGGUGGAUGACUAUUUAGAGCUGAAGGAAAAACAUCUACAGGAAAUGGAUCAGAAGGAAUUACAACUGGAUCAAGAAGAAUUAAAAGCCCUGGACAAAGUCAGAACUGAAGAAGCAGAAGUGAAGCAGAAAGAAAUAGAGAAUUUCAAUGACAAGAUGGUGUCCACCAUUACAGAGGUUGUAGGAAAUGACAACAAGUUUGAUGUCGAUAGACUGAUCAAGGCACAUAAGAAGAGAAUGCAACAGUAUGAAGAGGACAGACUAGAGGAAAGGAACAAGUUUGCAGCCAGACUCAGGGAAAGACUGAAUGAAAGAAUGGCUAAACUGGAGGAAGAAGAGGAAACACAACAACAGGAACAGGAAGCUCUCAUCGUCCAGCAGACAUCGACAGUCAACAAAGUCCUGACCACUAGUCUGGAGCUCACUGAAGAGGCCAAGGAGAAGAUUUUAAGAGAACAUGAGCAUAACUUGCAGGUCAUCAACAACCAACUACAAGUUAGUCGUCUCAAGCAACAGAAAAGCCUGGAGAAUAAGUUGGCGGAGCGUCGAGCCAGAAUGGCGGAGGUCCGACGUAAAAAGGAAGAAACUCUGAUGAACAAAGCCAAGGCGAACAGAGAGGAGAGGGAGAAAUUACAACAGCAACUGAAUGCUGAGCUACAAUUAGAGGAGAAGAGACUUGAGGAGGAGAGAAAUGCAGCUCUGGCGGCCCUCAGGCGGAGAAUGGCUGCCGAGACUCAGGAGGCACUACACGAACAAGAGAAACGACUAGGACAGCUGAUUGGACGAUUAGAAGUAGGAGCAGCACGAAGACAAGCAAUACUCAGCAAGCAGGAUGCAACUUUACAAAAUCUACAGGAGCAACUGGAGAACAAAUUGACACGAGAGGGAAGUCGUUUGUCUGGAGUUGAUGUUAUAAUACAACAACACUCAUCUCAGGUAGAUCAAUUAAACGAUCAGCUACAGCGAGCCCGGGAACAUCAGGAAAACCUCAUCAAGGAAAAAAUCAUGGCGAAGAAACAUCAGAAGGAAAUGGAACUAAGAGAGCAGAUAGAGGAUGAACAGGAUUUCAACAGAAAUUCUUCAAUUAGAAGACGUGGGGCAGGUAAAGCUAGUAAUAUUCUGAACACGGCAUUUAUGGAGCAGCGCCAUAAGAAACAGAGAGAAGAACUUGAGAGUGAGAUGAAGCUGGAAUUAGAGAGAAGCAAGGAGGAACUCAACCAACAACUGGAGCUCGAGUUACAGACAGAACUUGAGAACCAGAAACGGGAAUUACUGACACAGUUAACAGCAGCAAGUGGCAUGUCUCAUUCUGAAAUUGAAAGUACCAUAAAAUCUGCAGUUCAAGAUACUGGAGGGAAUGACAGAGCUGCUAAGAAGCUGGGUAAAGAGCUGAGGCAGGGAUUAGAGAGGGCCAAGACGGACAUGAAUUAUGGGGUGGAUGAAGACUUCCUAGCAUCACGAGAUAUAUAUGGUGUUGAUGACCUUCAGCCCAGUCAAGGUCGUCCAUCUUCCUCAGGGGGUAAUGUCAGAAAGGGAAAGAAGAAAAAGCAGGGUCGGUCAGCAGUUGUCCCCGAACCCACAGAGGGAUGGAUUCAAAAUGAUGAUGAUGAAGAUCUUCUGUGAAAUUAAAACAAUUGUCUAGGUCAUUUAAAUUCUUUAUUUUUUGUUGCUCAGCUGUUAUAGAUAAACCUUAUGUUUACUCAGUCCAUACAUUUUUAUUC